UAACAGGAAGCAGUUGUUUUUGCAAUCAACUCUGUGCGGUAUGUCUUUUGUAGAUGUUGCCAACCCAACCAAAGACACAUUGCAGAUUUUCAUCAGUCUGCUAUCAAUCCACAAUCAGUUUUGCUCACAAGGCCUUUUUUCCAACAUUUUCCUCAUGACAAGUUUUUAAGAUAAAAGCCCAACUCAAAUUUCCCUCUUUUUCCCUUAGGAAGGACUCAAAGAAUGACACCCAACAGGAAUCAUUUAAACUACGGGACAGUUUAUCUGCAAGAAGAUCUGCUCUAUUAAAUAUGACUUCAGGUAGUCUUGAAGCAUUCGGAGGGGAAGCCUCUAGAGCUGACCUGGAGACAUCAGAUCUAGUCUUCUGUGUGGCAGAUCUACAACUAAAUAACCAAAAGCUGCAGGAGGAGGUUCGUAAACUGAAGCAGGCAGUGGAAAGCAUGGAAGACACCAACCAGAAACUCAUUGAGGAAAAUGAAGAGCUCAAAGCACAAGCUAAAAUAGGGCAGCAGUUAUUACAGAAGGAGAAGCUGCUUAAAGAGGAAGUUGAGGAGAUGAAGCUGAGCCUGACCUCUUCAGAAGAGAGUCGAGCUCAGGCCUCAGCUCAAAGAAAGCAGAUGGUGAGGCACAAACCACACUGA